AUGAUAUACUAUUUGAGUGUUUGGAAAUACUCCAUACUUUUAUGUAUAUUAUUUUUGAUAAUUGUAAAUGUGGUUGAUUCAACAGAAAACAAGUUCGAGGAAGGCGAAACAAGUAGAGGUGUUACAGAUAAAGUUGAAAAAAAGAAAGUGACUUUCGAAUUAACCGAGGAGCAAGAAAUGUUAAAGCUAGCAGCAAGCAUUGGGAAACGCAAAGAUUUUUUGGAAAUUUCUGAUGAGUUCCUUAAACAAAAUUCAUUAAUUAAUGAUUUUUUUCAAUGUGAAAAUUUGAAUCCAGAUAUUAUUAAAUAUAUAAAUAGUGCCGAAAAAUUUGAAAUUUUCGUUGAAAUGUUGAAUGAAAAAUUGAUAAAAAAUAAGGAGAAAAAUGAGUGGUUUGUAGUAUAUAAAUUUGAGAGCUUGCUAAAUAAGCACAUCAAAUCAUUGAAGGAAAAUAAUUUUUUUGAAAUUUUGGAUGAACUUUUGAAAAAAAGAAAAGAUAUAAGAAAAAUUUUUGGGAAUUUUAAAGUAGUUAACUAUUUUGAAAAUCAGUAUAAAAAAUUAGAGGAAUGUUUGGAAAAAUUUGGUAUUUUAAAAAAGGAAGGUGAAAAUGAUAAAAUGCCCACAAUUAAAGGAAAAAUUGGGGGAGAAGUUGAAGAAGAAAUUGUUGGGGAAAAUGAAAGAGUGUUCGAAGAAAUUAACGAGAUAUUUAUUAAAUUGGAAGAUAAAAUAAUGAAAUUUAAAAAAGAAGAAAAACAAAUUGAAUUUUUGCCUGAAUUUGGGGAAAUUUUUAAAUCAAUUUUUGAUAGUAUGUUUUUAUCAAAAAUUGGUGAAGAAGAAGCGAAAGAAGUUUUAAAAAAUAAAUUUGAAGAAAUAUAUGAAGAAUAUCCGGAUAUUCAAUUCUUUUUCAAAACUGAUAAAAGAUUUGAUCGUUUACUUCAAAGUUUUAAUUUUUUAGUUGAAAAGGAGAGAAAUGGGAAGAAAUUAAAAGGGGUUGAAGUAAAAUAUAAGGUUAAUUUAAAAAAUAAUUUAAAUAAUAAAAAUGCCUAG